AGCCGACAGUGGUAAUAAAACUCGUUAAAGCACUCGUCACUCCUCUGUUGAAUCAUCUUCCCACCUUCCUCCAUUCGCCUAAUGAGUAAAACAAAUCAAAUCCACCCUAUAUAAACACUUGCAGGUGGUGUAAAGCUACAAUCCUUCAUUUUUCUUCCUAAAAAUUCUUUCUUGAACCCUGUCCUCUGAUUUCUUGAAUUUCCCCAUAAAUCUUUUAAUGAAGCCCAUAAAAAUUCACUUGAUGUAAGCAAAAUCCCACAUUCGGUAUGGGUUUUACACAAAAAUCCCUUAUUUGAUAGCACAGCAAUUUAAUUCAACUGAACCCGUUUCAGAAUUUUUUUUUUUUUUUUUAAUUUAUCUGAUGAACUUGGAUAAUUCAUCAGUCAUUCGCACCAUGUCGUUUCCAUGGAAGAAAAUGAGGAGCACCAGAAUUUCCCGAUUGGUGAACGAUCAUUUGCGGAACUCCCAGAGAAGGCGUGGGGACUCUUCUCUUGUCGUGGAGACGGGGUUCCCAACCUCCCUCGUCGAUCUUUUCAUCAAGAAUCGCAAAAAACUGAAAAAAACAUCGAAGAAAAAUAGAGCUAGGAAUACAGCUCUACCAAUUGAUGAUUCUAAUGAUCCAGUGAUUAGUGGAUCCUUGUUCACUUCUUCAUCUAUGCAUACGCCUUUGUUUUGUCCUUCACCUAGUCCCUCGCCUUUGCCUUUACCUCCGCGGUCGAGUGAUCUGGACGAAAUUGCUAUUGUAGAUGGUGAUGAUGGUGACUUUGGUGCUAGAGGUGAUAAGAGGGGAAGUAGUGUUAACAGGGGUGUGGAUAUGAAUCGGGUUUUUGUGGCAGCUGUAACGGUCUUUAUGGCCGUGGUUUUGGCGAUAGGAAUGGAGAAAUUAACAGUGGGGGUAAUAAUGUCGGCGUUUUUCUUGUUUUCACUGGAGUUUGUGGGAAAAUGUGGAUUGUUGAAGCCAUAUUCUAAUGCACAGGAAGUGUUAAGAUUUAUUGUACAGUCUUUUUGUAUAUUUUCCACAGAUAGGAAGACGAAGAAUGCUGGUGUUUUGAGCUAUGAGGUGUUACAAGAGGAGUCUUUUAAUCCCAUCGAUAACAAAGGUAAAAGCAAAGUUUAUCGUGCCCAAAGUGAUCAUGUCACCUACCCCGCCAAUCUCUGGAUUGCUAAAUGUUGA